AUGUUGGUUGAUGAUGUAGCUGAUGUUACUAUUACCAAUGAUGGUGCCACUAUUCUAAAACUACUAGAUAAAAUGUUGGUUGAUGAUGUAGGUGAUGGUACUAUUACCAAUGAUGGUGCCACUAUUCUAAAACUACUUGAAGUUGAGAACCCUGCUGCUAAGGUUUUUGUUGAUCUUGCAGAUCAGCAAAAUCAAGAAGUUUGUGAUGGAACUACUAGUGUGGUGAUUAUUACUGCUGAAUUGUUUAAAAUUGUACAAAUUAACCCUACCUCCAUUAUAAGUUGCUACAGACUGGCAUGCAAAGAAGCUGUUAAAUGUAUUCAAGAUCAUUUAACAAUUUCUAUUGAUGAUUUGGGUCGCGACUCCAUAGUUAAUGUUGCUAAAACCAGCAUGUAG